AUCUCCACGCCCAGUCCAGUAAUUACCAUGGCUUCCUCUCUCACUCCACUACUUGUCCUUGGUCUGCUACUCGUCCUCCUAGCGUCCGCGCGCGCCAUCUCGAUCUCGCUCCCGGCGCUGCCUCUGUCGACCGCGUCGCGAUGGGUGGUGGGGGCGGACGGGCGGCGCGUGAAGCUGGCGUGCGCGAGCUGGGCGUCGCACCUGGAGCCCGUGGCGGCGGAGGGCCUGUCGCGGCGCGACGUGGGCGGCAUCGCGGCGCGCGUCGCGGCGAUGGGGUUCAACUGCGUGCGGCUCACCUGGCCGACCUACCUCGCCACCAACACCACGCUCUCCUCUCUGCCGCUGCGGUGGUCGCUGGAGCGCCUCGGCUUGCGGGAGUCCGUCGCCGGCGUAAGGGUCAACAACCCCGACCUCCUCGACCUGCCUCUCAUCGAUGUGUUCCGGGAAGUGGUGUCUGCUUUGGCCAGCAGCAAUAUUAUGGUCAUACUUGAUAACCAAAUGACAACUCCAGGAUGGUGCUGCAGCAGAUCUGAUGGUAAUGGAUUCUUUGGAGACAAGUACUUUGACCCUGAAGAAUGGUUGAAGGGCCUCAGUGCAAUGGCCACAAUGUUUAGGUACACAAAGAAUGUUGUAGGCAUGAGCUUGCGGAAUGAGCUCCGUGGCCCCUAUCAAAAUGUUAGUUUGUGGUACAGGUAUAUGCAACAGGGUGCUGAAGCUGUGCAUGCAGCAAAUCCUAAUGUCCUUGUUAUUUUGUCGGGCCUGGAUUUUGACAACACUCUCUCCUUCUUGUUCUCAAAGCAAGUUGAGCUGUCAUUUACUGGAAAAUUAGUCUUCGAGCAGCAUUGGUAUGGUUUCUCGGAUGGUACUGACUGGGAAGAUUGGAACCAAAAUGAUGCUUGUGGAGUGGCUGUCGAAUCCAUAAGGACUAAAGGACUGUUCCUACUAAAACAAGGCUGGCCGUUGUUUUUCUCUGAGAUUGGGUUUGACAUGUCUGGCACGCAUAUUCCUGACAAUCGUUAUCUUACAUGCUUCAUAAGCGUAGCAGCUGAAAUGGAUCUAGACUGGGCUAUUUGGGCUCUACAAGGGAGUUACUAUAUCAGAGAGGGCAUUCUAGCUUAUGAUGAAUCGUAUGGAUUGCUAUCAUGGGAUUGGUAUACAGCUAGAAACCCCAGCUUCAUUAAAAGGAUCAAUUAUCUGCAAUCACCAUUUCAAGGUCCCGGUCUACCGAACAGUAAAAAACCAUAUAAUGCAAUUUUCCAUCCUCUAACUGGGCUCUGUGUGUUGGUGAAAUCUCCAAAUUCACUUGAGUUGGGUCCUUGUGAUGAAUCAAACGCUUGGAACUACACCUCCACAUGUGAGCUAGUAUUGAAACACUCUGGACAAUGCCUUGAGGCAAAAUCUGUGGGUGAUAUCGCAAAGCUUGGGACUGUUAGCAGCAAAUCCUGUUCAAAGUGGCAGCUAAUAUCAGAUUCAAGAAUGCAUGUUUCGACUGAACUCACUAAAAAUGGGACCAGGGUGUGCUUGGAUGCCAGCCCUGACGGUGUCAUCUCAACAAAUCAAUGCAAGUGCCUAAUUGAAGAUCCAACUUGUAAUCCUGAGAGUCAAUGGUUCAAAGUUAUAUUAAGUAGUAAAGGUAUACCAGGUGAAGCCUCCGUUUUGCAGUUGCCAUCUCUUGGACCCUGGCCUCCAGUAUCAAGUUCAUAAUGGUAGUAAUAAUCUGUAAACAUCACGUUUGCAUGUAGUCAAGUUCAAGUUUUCCAAGCCAAUUGGAGGACUGCAAUCACGGUUGAAAACUUGUGCUGUCAAAUUACUGAUGUCACAAGCCAAAGACAUGACUAUUUUUGCAUUACCUUUAAUUCUCUUACGGGCAGAGGGCCUUUCUUUA